UAUUGUGGCUGUUGUAACUUCAGUGUGCCGGCGACAUUAUAAAUACAAGUGGCCGAAGGCGCGGCGCAUAAGUCUGUUGCGAUUGCGCGCUAUUGCACGCAAAGGCGGGAAAAGUUUGACGUUUCCAGAAAAGUCGCCAUGUUUGUUUUGAAGUCUGCACUCCUGCUGGCGGCAUUGUCGUGCGCCGCAUCCCAGCAGGGCCCCACCACGACCCCGGUGCCUAUCCUCAAGCAGAUCAACCGGCAGAAUGACGAUGGCUCCUACAGCUUCGGAUAUGAAGCGGCCGACGGCUCCUUCAAGAUUGAGACCAAGUACCCCAACGGAGACGUAGCUGGGAAGUACGGAUACGUCGACGAAGCAGGGAAGCUGAGAGAGAUUUCUUACGGCGCCAGCAGUAAAAGGGGAUUCGAGCCGCAAGGAACUGGAAUCAUGGUCCCCCCUCCGACGUUGAACGACCCAUCGUCCAACAACGCUCUCACCGACGGCCAGGAGGAUGACGGACAGUAUCGGGAAGACCCGAAAAUUUACGAAGACCCGAAGUACAACGGCCGCUCCCAAUCCCGCCCGAGCGCUAUCAGGCAAUUCUUGAAGCCAUCCCAGCCUGAACCUCAAUACCAACAGCAGACAUAUCAGCAGCCUCAGCAAUACCAGCAGCAGCAGUACCAACCUCAACAGCCGUCUGCUUUCCGCUCGGGUCCACUUUUCUCCCAGCAGACCAGUCUUUUCAACCAGGCUCCGCAAACUUUCCCUCAGGAAAGGCAGCAGAACCAAAUCUUCCACCAGCAGCCCCAGUUCUCUUACCAGAUCACUUCGCAGCCGCAGUACAACCAGUACCAACCACAGUACCAGCAGCAGUACCAGCAACCGCAAAACUACCAGAAUUAUCAGACACAAAACUACAAUCCUUUCUCAGGACACCCGGCGCAGAAUUUCGAUCCCAACACGGGGUCUUACACUAUUGACUUCACUGGUUAAUUUUAGUAAGAGAUAGGAUAUCCUAAUAGUGAAAAUCAAGUUUGGCAUGUCAUCAGGCUGGUUUGAUUACAUAGAAUUUGAGAUCGGUUUUAAAUACUCUGAACAGGGUGCCUAGCCAAGGUGACAAUCGCUUGCGCUACGACAACGAAACGACAAACUAUGUUUAUUAAGGUGUUAUCUACCCAAAGCAAUACGAACGGAUUUUUUUAAUUUUGUAUAUUUAGUGCUAGUCAAUUAUAAUGAGUAGAUAUAAUUUUGGCUUUAAUCUAAUUACUGUAACGAAUGUAAAAUAAUUAUCAUUUGUAUUAGUAGUAUGUUAAUAGGUAGUUACGCAUACGAGUAUUAUAAAGCCCAUGACGUAUUGUAGGUACAUAUACAUAGAUAUAUGUACCUACAAUAAUGCAACCUAACUCAAUAGGUACACUCAGUUACACUAACACACUAAUUAAAUUAUUGCACAGUCUAUAUUUUAAUGCUUUAAAUUAAAUAUUGACUUUGUUGAUAUGUAUUAUAUUAGCAGCCGUACCACGAGUUGACACUGGACGUUUACGUUAGCGACUUCGUAAACUCGAUCGCAGUACAUCUCCCUUGCACUGAUCUAUUGGUGCGAUACAGAGGGAAUACGAACGAGUUCACGCAGACGCUAACGUAAAUGCCUGGUACGAAGUAAUUAAAUUUCAUAGAUAGGAUUGUGUGUUACCUUACUAUUUUGUGUGGAUCUAAAUUUACUUAUUCAUAGGGUAAUUCGCCAGUAUUUGGCCACUUUUAGUAAGUUUCAGCCCUGAGCUAAAAAUGAAUUCUAUUCACAUAUAAACAGAAUUCAUUUUAGUAUAACAUAAGGUUUCAAUAACUGGCCAGUUAUUGAAACGGUUAAAAUUAAUUCUGUUUAUAAUUGAAUAGAAUUCAUUUUUUGUUUAGAGCGGCCUGUUAACUAAAAGUGGCCAGUUACUGGCGAAUUACCCCAUAUUUAAUAUAGUCAUGUGUACAUAAACCAGGCUUGUCACAUUAUUUUUCCUGUACCUAAUUAGCAUACAAUAUUUUAUCGCAUAUGUAACAAGCUAACAUUCCCACUGCAAUUGGAAUGCUUUCUUAUGAAACAACCAAUAAAGAAUCAAUUAUUCUACACUGCGUUUGAGUAUGACGCAAAAUGGCCGACGAGACGCGUGCCGAUUGUAAAUAUCGAUUAAAUAAAUGUUACGUGUA